ACAGCUAGAUAUGUUAGGACCGCCCUCAAUGAAUGAGGAAGUUAGUUAGCUGCUAGCAUUGUAUGCUAAUAGGGUUCAGAUUUUUUGUUAUUGUAAUUAAAAGGUUUCAGAAGACAUACAUCACCUUCCAUUAGUGCGAGGAUACUUUACUUUAGGACGAAAUUACUGUUUCAACGGGGAACCCGUUUUCCGAGUAUGAAACAACCGAAUUUACGAGUUAGCGCGUGGGUAUGUUUACAAAACAGGUGAAGCUCCCCAUCCGAUAGUUCGCUAGGCGAUCUAACUCGCUAUAUCAAGCCAAUUAGCUAUCCAAAUAGCACAACUGGAAGUAAAAUGUGUUGGAUAAUGCCAUAGUGAAUAUAUUUUACCAAUCUAGAUUUACAAAUCUGGGUAUAGUAAAUUUGCUGAAGUUAUAGCUAAAAAAGCUAAAUUAGCUAAGUUAGCUUGCGAAUGUUUUGGCGCAACCCUAAGGUUCCCCACUCGCAGAACUGUGAUUACACUGGAUAUAAAGUAUGUAAAUGAGUCUAUUAUUAUUAGACUAUUAUAAAUAGCCUCUAAAAAAGACUACGAAUAGAAUGGGAAAGCACAUGAUAUUCUUGUUAUGACGCCAUUGUGUGCACCUGUCGACGUCGUCACAUUAUACCUGUACACUAGCAAUAACUAACGCUAUAGUCAGUCUAGCUAAACAAAUUAAGGGUUUGUCAACAUGGCAAGUGCCUUAGCAGCUAAAAUGGGACUCAACUCACUGAGAAGAAAACAAGCCAAGAACUUCAAUGUCAGGAUCACCACAAUGGAUGCAGACAUGGAAUUCAGUUGUGAGGUCAAAUGGAAGGGGAAAGAUCUUUUUGAUCUGGUGUGCCGGGCUCUGGGACUGAGAGAGACGUGGUUCUUCGGGUUCCAGUAUGAUGUCAAAGACACUGUAGCCUGGAUCAAGAUGGACAAGAAGGUUUUGGACCACGAUGUGUCCAAGGAGGAACCAAUCACCCUUAAUUUCCUGGCCAAGUUUUACCCUGAGAACGCAGAGGAGGAGUUGGUUCAGGACAUCACUCAGCAUCUCUUCUUCCUACAGGUGAAGAAUAAGAUCCUGGAAGAGGAGAUCUACUGCCCUCCUGAAGCCUCGGUGCUGCUGGCCUCCUAUGCCGUCCAGGCCAAGUAUGGAGACUAUGACCCCAAUGUCCACAAACUAGGCUUUCUGGCUCAAGAGGAACUCUUACCAAAGAGGGUGAUCAACCUUUACCAAAUGACAGCAGAGAUGUGGGAGGAGAGAAUCACUUCUUGUUAUGCUGAGCAUAGAGGGAGGACAAGGGAAGAUGCUGAGAUGGAGUACUUAAAAAUAGCUCAGGACCUGGAGAUGUACGGCAUCAAUUACUUUCCCAUCAGGAACAAGAAGGGAACAGAUCUCCUGCUGGGAGUGGAUGCCUUGGGUCUACAUAUCUACGAUCCAGACAACAAGUUAACCCCCAAAUGUUCCUUCCCCUGGAAUGAGAUUCGCAACAUCUCCUACAGCGACAGAGAGUUUGCCAUAAAGCCUCUGGACAAGAAAACAGACGUGUUCAAGUUCAACUCCUCCAAGUUGAAGGUUAACAAGUUGAUCCUGCAGCUGUGCAUGGGGAACCAUGACCUGUUCUUGCGGAGGAGGAGGGUGGACUCUCUAGAGGUGCAACAGAUGAAGGCCCAGGCCCGAGAGGAGAGGGCCAGGAAACGGGUGGAGAGGCAGCGGUUAGAGAGGGAGAAGCACCUGAGAGAGGUGGCAGAGAGAGCCAGGGACGAUCUGGAAAGGAGACUGAUACAGCUACAGGAUGAAGCCCACAUGGCCAAUGACGCUCUGCUUCGUUCUGAGGAGACAGCAGAUCUCCUGGCUGAGAAGGCCCAGAUAGCUGAGGAGGAAGCGACGCUGCUGUCCCAGAAGGCUAGUGAGGCCGAGGCCGAAAUGCAGCGUAUCAAGGUGACAGCCAUCCGCUCAGAGGAGGAGAGGAGAAUGAUGGAGCAGAAGAUGCUGGAGGCGGAGAUGAUGGCCCUCAAGAUGGCUGAUGAGUCAGAGAGGAGGGCAAUGGAGGCUGACCAGCUGAAGCAGGACUUGCAGGAAGCCAGGGACUCUGAAAGGAGGGCCAAACACAAGCUGCUAGAGAUCACCAGCAAGUCUACCUACUCGCCCUCGACCGUCCCAGGUGAUGCGAUGCCUCCAGACCUGAGCUUCAGCAGAGAGAACCUGAGCUUCGACUUCAAAGACACAGACAUGAAGCGCCUCUCCAUGGAGAUCGAGAAGGAGAAGGUGGAGUAUAUGGAGAAGAGUAAGCACCUUCAAGAGCAGCUGAAUGAGCUGAAGACAGAGAUAGAGUCUCUGAAGCUGAAGGAGCGAGAAACGCCUCUGGAUAUACUCCACAACGAGAACACUGAGAAGGGCACCAGCAAGCACAGCAACUUCAAAAAGCUAACUCUACAGAGCACCAAGACCAGAGUGGCUUACUUUGAAGAACUAUAGAUGUCACCAGGGACGUGUGUGUGCGUGCUUGACUGUGUGUGUGCAUGCUUGACUGUGUGUGUGCGUGCUUGACUGUGUGUGUGUGUGUGUGCGUGCUUGACUGUGUGCGUGCGUGCUUGACUGUGUGUGUGCGUGUGUGUCUGUUUGCGUGCGAGUGCGUCUGUUUGCGCCCACGUCCGUGUGCGUGCACGCGUGUUUGUGUGGACAUGUCUCUGGAAAAACUUUAUCACUACAGUACAUUCCAUACUACGUGGCCUUUGGCUCCAUUUGCUGGGAGAUACUCACCACAACUGUGGUCAAACGAUGGACCACUGCCUAGGUCAAAACUAAUUUCAGAACUGGAGUUUACAUACGGUAUAGGCCAAGAGAGACAAAUCAUGAGUUACACUUUAAUUUACAUUCCACUACUUCUUACCUGAUAUUUACCUUAAAAUAACCAAACAAUACUUACAAUAACUAUAGUUUGUGUUAUUUGUGAUACAUUGAAACAAACAUACUAUUCACCAUUCACUAGCAGGUAGGUAAAGUAUGUUUAAUUAUGUAUCAGUAUCCUUACCACUCAAAUAAGUGCAUAAUGAGUAUUAACAGGUAAAUACCACUGAAAAAUUACAGUAAAAUAUUAUCAACUCGUAUCACGUCACCUCAAGCCUCUGGCUGCCGUAAGUGAAUUUCUGUAUAGGUGUUCUCUAGUACGAAGGUACCAAGUGCACUAUAUUCUGUUCUACCCUUUAAAAGCAGAGUGGAAUAGCCUUUGAACUCAGACUGGGUGAAGAUGAAGGAAUGGUAAGAGUAUUACAGUACAAUAAUCCGGUGUACUUCUAGCACAGUUUUCCUGAAUCCUGAUACUGGGGACCCACAGCGAUGCACAUUUUUGUUGUUUUGCCCUAGCAUUAACACACUUCAUUCAACUAAUCAGCUCCUCAUCAAUGCUUCGAUUAGUUUAUUCAGUUGGGAUGGGGCAAAAACGAAAAUGUGUGGGGUGAACAUUUUGAAUCCCCAUGACCAGGAUUGGGAAACACUGAUCUAGCCUAUCGUUGGUACUUUUGGGAAAAAUGUUAGGGUUAUGUUUAUUUUUUAGCUCUUUGAACAAACUUGAGUUUGCAUUCCAUUCCAUUGUAUUGAUCUAAUACAGUGCACUCUGAAACAGUUUGCAUAUUUUGUUACAUUACAGACUUAUUCUAAAAUAUAUUAAAUCAUUUUUUUUGCCUCAUCAGUCUACACACAAUAGCCCAUAAUGACAGAGAAAACAGGU